UCAACCCCCUCAGCCCACCCCUCAUCUCAACCACCUACGCUACGAGAGCAAACCCUCAUCCUUGAUCCCCUUCCGACCGAGACGAACCUUCUCAAUUGCACAUUUACAUCUACAUCUUCCUCCCUACACCCCAACGAAAAAAGAAAAACCACCUACCCCGCGCAGCGCCCCCGCGACCCCAAAACCGACAAUGACCUCACCCAACGCCCCGAUCGACAACACGCUCGACGACAUCUUCGGCUCCUCACCACCGCACGAACCCUCCCAUGCACCCGCUCCCAAAGACUCUACGCCCUCCGUCGAACCGUCCGAACUCCCCUUCCUCCGCCGCCAGCACGUCACGGCCGGCUACCGCGAGGGCAUCUCGACCUCGAAGGGCGAGCACGUCCAGGAAGGCUUCGAUGCGGGGUUCCCCGUCGGAGCGCAGCUGGGGAUGCGCGCGGGCACCGUCCUGGGGAUACUGGAGGGGGUGAUGCGAGGAUACGAGAGCCGGGCUGCGUCGGCGGUGGUGAAGAAGCAGCCGGGUAGAGCGGGAGGAGCUGGGCCUGCGCCGUCGGCGGGUGCCAAGAAGGGAGAAGAGCAGGGACGGGAACUGGACGAGGAGGCGAGACGGGCGCGACGCGACGAGAUGGUGAAACUGUAUCAGAGGGCUGUCAAGGCGCUGAGUGUGCAGGGUGUGUUUGGGACGCUGGAGGAGGGUGGCGAGGGGAAGGAGAGUGCGGAGACGCAGCUGGCGGGGAAGGGCGAUGGGGUUGUUUCGAAGUGGGAGGAUAGAGUCCGGGUUGCGCAUUGGGAGGAGAAUAUGGAUGUUUUGCAGAUGAAGGAGGAUGGCCAGCCCUCGGCGACAUCGAGGACUCAGCAGAUUCAGUCACACAGCUAA